GCCCAGAGUUGCUGCGCCGAAUUGUGGUUGUUGCCCUCCAAGGGUCCUGAGAUUGGGCAAGACUUGGCAUUGGGCACAUUGCGCGUAACUUCUCACAGCAAGAACGCGUCUACCUCACCCGUCUUCUCAGCACCCAAAGAUCGUCAACCGCCCGAGCAAUCUCCAUACAGACCAGCUCAGCCUCAUCAAAGAGACGCGCCGUGAGCACAGCAUCAUGGGACUGGUCAACUACUCCGACAGCUCGGAAAGUGAAGCAGAGCCUGCCUCGAAGAAACCCAAGCUCGAGACUGCGCGAUCCAACGUACUGCCUCCACUGCCACCUCAAUUCCGUGAUCUCUAUUCAUCGACAGUCCGAACGAGCACACAGGACGAUCCUGCCCUUCAUGGUGGCCGUAAACGCGUCACACCUCAUGUCGCUGGCAAUUGGCCAACGCAUGUCUACCUAGACUGGACACCUCGGCCAGAAGAGUAUUCGGCAUUACAGCAACUGAUCUCUCACAUUCAGAAGCCUUCCGGCCAGGAUACUGUUCACAGUCUGCUGGAGAACGAUCUGGGAGUGCGGCAGCCGCUGCACGUCUCACUGUCUCGGCCACUCAGCUUGCAAACCGACGACAAGGACGUCUUCCUCGAGCAAGUGAAUGAACGAAGCGCCUCGUCCGAAAUCUCGGCAUUCGCGGUGCAGCCGCUGGACCUCGUUUGGCAUCCAAAUGAACAAGGCACGCGUUGGUUUCUCGUACUUCGAUUGCAAAGACCUGCUGGCGACGAGCUUAGAUCUUUGUUGAAAAUGUGCAACUCUGUCGCAAGCCAUUUCUCGCAGCCACUGCUUUAUUCGGACGAGGCCAAGCUCAGCGAGACAUCGACCACUGAUGCACACGACAGUUUUCAUAUCAGCAUUGCUUGGACCAUCCAGUUGAACCAAGCGGAUGCGACGUCUGGUCCUGUGACGGUUAAUCUUCCUAACGCACUUCUGCAGACAGUGACAACGAAAAGCAUCAAUGUCUCGGAGAUCAAAGUGCGAAUCGGACAAGACGUCAACUGCAUACCAUUACAGCAGGCGCGGAAACGUUGA